CUUCUUACAAGUUGGAUUAAAGGUCUGUUGUUCUCUUUUCAUCAUGAAGCUUUAUGGAGUUCUGCUUCUGUUGGUGACUCUGUCUGCAGCAUAUGGAUUGAAAUGCUACUACUGCGUAACCUCCAACCCCAAAACCUGCACCUCGAUCGGAACUUGUGCUCCUGGCUUAGACCGCUGUGCCACACUCGAGAUGGAUGGUGUCAUCAUCAAGGGCUGCGAAAGUAGUGCCACUUGUAUCAGCCCGAUAAAAUGCUGUAAAGGGGAUUUGUGUAAUGGUGCCAUACCCACUGGAUCCAGUGUUCUCCUCCUGCUGGUGUCCUCCAUCAUCGCAGUCUUUCUCUGAGAUUCUGAAGAAUACCCUAUCUGUACAACUCAAAACAUUUUUCAAUAAAACCAUAAUAUGAUGGACCAUUGAAUUGUUUCAUCUUUUGGUGGCACAUCACUAUUUACAGCAAAUAAAAAUAGCUUUGUUAUGAAGCCCUGAUCAGAAAGAAAAGUGUGUAAUGCAUGAAUGUGGAGGAGCAAGAGAGCUAAGUGAUCAAUUCUAAGUGAUU